AUGGGCGAGGAGCAGAGCACGGUGAGCGGCGGCGGGCCCCAGGAGGCGCGGGCCCCCGCUGGCGGCGCCACGGGCCACCCCGAGCCCCUGAGGCCGCGCGGGGACAGCGCCGGGGAGCCCGGGCCGCGCGCCGCCUCCGCGGAGCCGAGCGGCGGUGGCUGCGGAAGCGACUCGGGCUGCGCGGACACGAGCGCCCCGGAGCCCGAGAGGAGCCGGUGGGGCCCGGACGGGAGGAGGAGCCGAGCGCCCGGGCAGCCCGCGGGACUGGCACUUACCGGGCCCCUCAACCCCCAGACUUUGCAACAGCAGCUGGAAGAGGAGGAGGAAGCUGGGGACCGAAACGAGGGAGGGGAUGAACAGCAGGACGCGCCCCCAGGCGAGGAGCCGGAGCCCAGGACCCGCGUCGGGGCGGCGGACGAACUGGUCCUGGACGUGCUGGGGCAGCGGCGCCCAAUCCCCGCCAAGAGACAAGUUUUUUGCUCGGUGUUCUGCGUGGAGAAUGACCUGCCCGAAGCCCCCACCGCGGAGCAGCUCUCGCCGCCCGCGUCUUCACCUCGGGCUCCGCCGGUGACGAACGCUCCCAGCACCCCCUCCUCCUUCCCCAGCCCCCGGCUGUCCCUCCCAACAGACCCCCUGUCCCCCGACGGCGGCAGCAUCGAGCUGGAGUUCUACCUGGCGCCCGAGCCGUUCUCCGUGCCCAGCCUGUUGGGAGCUCCACCCUACUCUGACCUGGGUGGGGUAGGGGAUCCUUACGUGCCCCUCAUGGUGCUGAUGUGCCGGGUGUGCCUGGAAGACAAGCCCAUCAAGCCCUUGCCCUGCUGCAAGAAGGCCGUGUGCGAGGAGUGCCUCAAAGUCUACCUGAGCUCCCAGGUACAACUUGGCCAAGUAGAAAUCAAAUGCCCUAUCACAGAAUGUUUUGAAUUCCUGGAAGAAAGAACGAUUGUCUUUAACUUAACCCAUGAAGAUUCCAUCAAAUAUAAGUACUUCUUGGAACUUGGCCGUAUUGAUUCCAGCACCAAGCCAUGUCCUCAGUGCAAGCACUUUACAACCUUCAAGAAAAAAGGACAUAUCCCCACCCCUUCCAGAUCAGAAAGCAAAUACAAAAUCCAGUGCCCCACUUGCCAAUUCGUCUGGUGUUUUAAGUGCCACUCUCCUUGGCAUGAAGGUGUUAACUGCAAGGAGUACAAAAAAGGGGACAAAUUGUUGCGUCACUGGGCCAGCGAAAUUGAGCAUGGACAGAGAAAUGCCCAGAAGUGUCCAAAGUGCAAGAUCCACAUCCAGAGAACUGAAGGAUGUGACCAUAUGACCUGCUCACAAUGUAACACUAAUUUUUGUUAUCGAUGUGGGGAAAGAUACCGCCAGCUCCGUUUCUUUGGAGACCACACAUCAAACCUCAGUAUAUUUGGCUGCAAAUAUCGCUACCUCCCAGAGAGACCUCAUCUAAGGAGAUUAGUGCGAGGGUCGGUCUGUGCUGGAAAAUUAUUCGUUGCACCUCUAAUCCUGGUCUUGGGAUUAGCACUAGGGGCCAUAGCAGUUGUAAUCGGUUUAUUUGUAUUUCCUAUCUAUUGCCUUUGUAAAAAACAGAGAAAGCGAUCACGGACAGGAAUGCACUGGUAAAAUGCGGAUGAUUUCGUGGAACGAAGCUGGUGCGGGUAGGAGCCACACAGAAUGGCACGCUAAACACUGCGUCCCGUCCCGUCCCGUCCCGUCCCGUCCCCCUGUGGUUGUCUGCAGGCCACAACGCCUCUGGCUCUGGUGCAGUCUCUCCAUGGUAUCCUGAUUCCUUUCCUUACACAGUUUGCUGCUUUUAAAAAAAUGGUCACUUUCAUAGACUAUAAAUAUCUGUAUCAUAACUCUGACCUUCUUACUGGUUCUUGGAAG